AUGUAUGCGCGAUUGGCGAACCACAACCGGUCGAACGAAGGAGAAUCUCUCGAGUUUGCUGCCCACCAGAGCCCCAUUGCGCCCCUCUCGCUGCUCUGCGCCAGCGACCUCGCCAACACGGCCGUCUUCUACUCCAAGAAGUUCGCCAAUUCGGACGGCCUGCUCAUGACUGUGCUCGCGUUCAUCGGUAACGACGCGAGCUUGGGCUUACCCAUGGACCCGCGAACCGGCCGCAAUACUGGACCGAUGCGCAUCCUCUCGAUUGUCUGUCAGUCGGCAUCGUGCGAACGGCUCUUCAAAGAUUUUGCUAUGAUCCAUACCAAGUCCCGCAACCGCAUGGCCAAGGCGACAACCGAGGCCAUUGCGCACGUCAAGCACCACAUCGUGACCACGCAGCGCAAGUCGAUCGACGCCCUUCCGUCGGGUAAGCCCAAGAAGCGCAUAGUCCAACUGCAGGAGCGCCGUCGGCUCGACCUCGAGCCACACCGCCUCGACGCCACGGGGAUGACCGAGUCCGAAGACCCAGUGAUUGAGCAAGGCGCAGACGUCAUUGCGUUCUGGUCUGUGAUCCUCGCAUUGCUGGGACCGGACGACUCGGCGUUAUCAUCCACUCAUGCCAUGACCGACCUCGCCGAGUCCCAAGAGCUCGUCGCCCUUGGGCCCCGCCCGUCUUUGGCGCCUCUAACUCUACCUGCAAGCCCCUUGCCACCGCUCCCGGACACCAACGUCGCGUCGUACCCGCAAUACGCCCUUUCUGCGGACCCUAUUGUGCGGUCGACCAAGGUCACUCUGGCAGCACUUUUUGGCAAUGGCAUCGUGCUUUCGGCUUUGUACUAG